UCACACUAUUCCUUCCUCUAGAUGCUGUUCAUGGCGGCUCCCAGGACCACCCUCAGCCUGGCCAGCGGGCAUGAGGGCCAGGCGGGGCAGUGGUGGCGGCUGUGGUUGAGAGGCGGUGAGGAAGAGCGCGGCAAGCCCUCCAGUGGUGACCCCGCGCCGCCUCAGCUUGACCAAGAGCGAGACGCAGCCGGAACCGAGGCAGGACGGGGCGUGGUGGUGCGCACUCAGUUCUCUGAAUCCAUCUUUGGCGUAUCUGUGGACUCGCUGAUGCCGGGGAAGCGUCGGCGUCUCCUGAACCUCACCGUCACGCCACACACUGGAGAACACUGGCAGGUGAGCCUACAUGUGCCAAUUAUCUCUACAGCCCUCGAGUGGGAGACGAAGCUCUGGAAAAAUCAGGGCAAGCAACAUUGGGAAGUUAAUGGGGAAGUCAAGUCUACCAAAUCUGACAUAUCGUUAGAAUUCGUUCACUUCAAGCAGGAGAAGCAGGACGAGGAGACUCAGGUCACGGAUGACAGAGGUGAGGCUGGCAGGUGUGAUGCUGAAGGUUGUGGGGACGGCAAUGUCAAGGAGCCAAAAGCCAAGUCGCGGCACCACGUCGACAGUGAUUGCGACUCAGAUUUAAGAAAAGAACAGACAGUAGACCAGAAUGAAGUUUGUAGUGGUCGAGAUCAUAAAUCAGAAGACUUAAAGCAAAAUGAUCCUGAUUCCAUAAUGGUAAAUGUAGACGAAGAAUGUUCCAGGAAAGCGGAGUGUGAUGGACCGGAAGAGUCAGUGUCAAGUGACGCUGUUCAAGAGACUACACAAAAAUUAACUUCCCGGGUUUUCAGCCUUUCUUCCAACAUGAAGACUUACGUCUCAUCUGACGGAGGACGCUGGAUUCGGAUCCUGCAGCGCACACACCUGGCAUUCUGUCCUCGCCUUGGCUGGAACUUGAACCAAAUAUUUCGGUUCAAUCGUGACUGGACUGGGUGGGAGGUAGCGUGGCGGUGUGGUGUUGGGAUGUAUUGAUGGUGAUGGAUACCGGUCCUGCAGAAAAGGUGGUAGUCAUGGCGGUGGAUACCUGUCCUAAAGGACAGGUGGUGGCAUUGGAUACCCAUCCAGCAGGGCAGGUGGUGGCAGUAGAUACCCGUCCACAGGACAGGUGGUGGUAGUAGAUACCCGUCCAGCAGGACAGGUGGUGGCGGUGGAUACCCGUCCAGCAGGACAGGUGAUGGUAAUGGCGGUGGAUACCCGUCCAGCAGGACAGGUGGUGGCGGUGGAUACCCGUCCAGCAGGACAGGUGAUGGUAAUGGCGGUGGAUACCCGUCCAGCAGGACAGGUGGUGGCGGUGGAUACCCGUUCAACAAGACAAGUGAUAGUCAUAGCGGUGGAUACCCGCCCUGCAGAACAGAUGGUUGCGGUGAAUACUCGUCCUGCAGGACAGGCGGUGGCGGUGGAUACCCGCUCUGCAGGACAGUGGUGGCGGUAGAUAACCGUCCAGCAGGACAGGUGAUGGUCAUGGUGGUGGAUACACGUCCAGCAGGACAGGUGGUGGCGGUGGAUACCCGUCCAGCAUGACAGGUGAUGGUCAAGGCGCUAGAUACCCGCCCUGCAGGACAGGUGGUGGCGGUGGAUACCCGUUCAGCAGGACAUGUGAUGGUCAUGGCGGUUCAUACCCGUCCAGCAGGACAGGUGAUGAUCAUGGCGGUGGAUACUCGUCCAGCAGGAAAAGCGGUGGCGGCGGAUACCCGUCCAGCAGGACAGGUGGUAGUCAUGGCGGUGGAUACCCGUCCAGCAAGACAGGAGGUGGCUGUGAAUACCCGUCAAGCAGGACAGGUGGUGGCGGUGAAUACCCGUCAAGCAGGACAGGUGGUGGCGGUGGAUACCCGUCCAGCAGGAUAGGUGAUGUUCAUGGCGGUGGAUACCCGGCCUGCAGGACAGGUGGUGGCAAUGGAUACCCGUCCAGCAGGACAGGUGGUGGCAGUGGAUACCCGUCCAGCAGGACAGGUGGUGGCAGUGAAUACCCGUCCAGCAGGACAGGUGGUAGCGGUGGAUGCCCGUCCAGCAGGACAGGUGAUGGUCAUGGCGGUGGAUACCCGUCCAGGUGAUGACAGUGAAUACUCGUCCAGGCGAUGGCAGUGAAUACCUGUACCGCAGGACAGGUGGUGGCCGUGGAUAACCUUCCCGCAGGACAGGUAGUGGAGGUGAAUACCCGUCCAGCAGGACAGGUGGUGGCGGUGGAUACUCGUCCUGCAGGACAGGCGGUGGCGGUGGAUAUCCGUCCAGCAGGACAGGUGAUGGUCAUGGCGGUGGAUACCCGGCCUGCAGGACAGGUGGUGGCAAAGGAUACCCGUCCAGCAGGACAGGUGGUGGCAGUGGAUACCCGUCCAGCAGGACGGUGGAUGACUGUCCAGGAGGACAGGUGAUGGUCAUGGCGGUGGAUACCCAUCCAGCAAGACAGGUGGUGGCGGUGGAUUCCUGUCCAGCAGGAUAGGUGGUGGUAAUGGAUACCAGCCCUGCAGGACAGGUGGUGGCGGUGGAUACCCGUCCAGCAGGACACGUGAUGGUCAUGGCGAUGGAUACCCGCCCUGUAGGACAGGUCGUGGCGGUGGAUACCCGUUCAGCAAGACAGGUGAUGGUCAUGGCGGUGGAUACCCAUCCAGCAGGACAGGUGAUGGUCAUGGCGGUGGACACUCGUCCAGCAGGACAAGUGGUGGCGGUGGAUACCCGUCCAGCACGACAGGUGAUGGUCAUGGCGGUGGCUACCCGUCCAGAAGGACAAGUGGUGGCGGCGGAUACCUGUUCAGCAGGACAAGUGGUAGUCAUGGCGGUGGAUACCCGUCCAGCAAGACAAGUGGUGGCUCUGCAUAACCAUCCAGCAGGACAGGUGGUGGCGGGGGAUACCCAUCCAGAAGGAUAGGUGGUAGUCAUGGCGGUGAAUACCCUUCCAGCAAGAUAGAUGAUGGUCGUGGCGGUGGAUACCCGCCCUGCAGAACAGGUGGUGGCGGUGGAUUCCCGUCCAGCAGGACAGGUGGUAGUCAUGGCGGUGGAUAUCCGUCCAGCAGGACAGGUGGCAGUCAUGGCCGUGGAUACCCGUCCAGCAGGAUAGGUGAUGGUCAUGGCGGCGGGUAUGGUGGAUACCCGCCCUGAAUGACACAUGGUGGCAAUAGAUACCCGUCCAGCAGGACAGGUGGUGGCAGUGGAUACCCAUCCAGCAGGACAGGUGGUGGCGGUGGAUGCCCGUCCAGCUGGACAGAUGGUGGUUAUGGCGGUGGAUACCCGUCUAGCAGGACAGGUGAUGGCAUUGAAUACCAGCCCAGUAGGACAGGUGAUGGCAUUGAAUACCAGUCCAGCAGGACAGGUGAUGGCAGUGAAUACCCGUCCCGCAGGACAGGUGGUGGCCGUGAAUAACCUUCCAGCAUGACAGGUAGUGGCGGUGAAUACCCAUCCAGCAGGGCAGGUGGUGGCGGUGGAUACCCGUCCAGCAAGACAGGUGGUGGCGUUGGAUUCCUGUCCAGCAGGAUAGGUGGUGGUAAUGGAUACCGGCCCUGCAGGACAGGUGGUAGCGGUGGAUACCCGUCCAGCACGACAGGUGAUGGUCAUGGCGGUGGAUACACGUCCAGCAAGACAGGUGGUGGCUGUGAAUACCCGUCAAGCAGGACAGGUGGUGGCGGUGAAUACCCGUCCAGCAGGACAGGUGGUGGCUGUGGAUACUCGUCCUGCAGGACAGGCGGUGGCGGUGGAUACCCGUCCAGCAGGACAGGUGGUGGCGGUGGAUUCCUGUCCAGCAGGACAGUUGAUGGUCAUGGCGGUGGAUAUCCGGUCUGCAGGACAGGUGGUGGCAAAGGAUACCCGUCCAGCAGGACAGGUGGUGGCAGUGGAUACCCGUCCAGCAGGACAGGUGGUGGCGGUGGAUGACUGUCCAGGAGGACAGGUGAUGGUCAUGGCGAUGGAUACCCAUCCAGCAGGACAGGUGGUGGCGGUGGAUUCCUGUCCAGCAGGACAGGUGAUGGUCAUGGCGGUGGAUACCCGCCCUGCAGGACAGGUCGUGGCGGUGGAUACCAGUUCAGCAGGACAGGUGAUGGUCAUGGCGGUGGAUACCCAUCCAGCAGGACAGGUGAUGGUCAUGGCGGUGGAUACCCGUCCAGAAAGACAAGUGGUGGCGGCGGAUACCCGUUUAGCAGGACAGGUGGUAGUCAUGGCGGUGGAUACCCGUCAAGCAAGACAGGUGGUGGCUUUGCACAACCAUCCAGUAGGACAGGUGGUGGCGGUGGAUACCCAUCCAGCAGGACAGGUGGUAGUCAUGACGGUGAAUACCCUUCCAGCAAGAUAGAUGAUUGUCGUGGCGGUGGAUACCCGCCCUGCAGGACAGGUGGUGGCGGUGGAUACCCGUCCAGCAGGAUAAGUGGUAGUCAUGGCGGUGGAUACCCGUCCAGCAGGACAGGUGAUGGUCAUGGCGGUGGAUACUCGUCCAGAAGGACAAGUGGUGGCGGCGGAUACCCGUUUAGCAGGACAGGUGGUAGUCAUGGCGGUGGAUACCCGUCAAGCAAGACAGGUGGUGGCUUUGCACAACCAUCCAGUAGGACAGGUGGUGGCGGUGGAUACCCAUCCAGCAGGACAGGUGGUAGUCAUGGCAGUGAAUACCCUUCCAGCAAGAUAGAUGAUUGUCGUGGCGGUGGAUACCCGCCCUGCAGGACAGGUGGUGGCGGUGGAUACCCGUCCAGCAGGACAAGUGGUAGUCAUGGCGGUGGAUACCCGUCCAGCAGGACAGGUGGCAGUCAUGGCGGUGGAUACCCGUCCAGCAGGAUAGGUGAUGGUCAUGGCGGCGGGUAUGGUGGAUACCCACCCUGCAGGACAGAUGGUGGCAAUAGAUACCCGUCCAGCAGGACAGGUGGUGGCAGUGGAUACCCGUCCAGCAGGACAGGUGGUGGCGGUGGAUGCCCGUCCAGCUGGACAGGUGGUGGUCAUGGCGGUGGAUACCCGUCCAGAAGGACAAGUAGUGGCGGCGGAUACCCGUUUAGCAGGACAGGUGGUAGUCAUGGCGGUGGAUACCCGUCAAGCAAGACAGGUGGUGGCUUUGCACAACCAUCCAGUAGGACAGGUGGUGGCGGUGGAUAGCCAUCCAGCAGGACAGGUGGUAGUCUUGGCGGUGAAUACCCUUCCAGCAAGAUAGAUGAUUGUCGUGGCGGUGGAUACCCGCCCUGCAGGACAGGUGGUGGCGGUGGAUACCCGUCCAGCAGGACAGGUGGUGGCGGUGGAUACCCGUCCAGCAGGACAAGUGGUAGUCAUGGCGGUGGAUACCCGUCCAGCAGGACAGGUGGUAGUCAUGGCGGUGGAUACCCGUCCAGCAGGAUAGGUGAUGGUCAUGGCGGCGGGUAUGGUGGAUACCCGCCCUGCAGGACAGAUGGUGGCAAUAGAUACCCGUCCAGAAGGACAGGUGGUGGCAGUGGAUACCCGUCCAGCAGGACAGGUGGUGGCGGUGGAUGCCCGUCCAGCUGGACAGGUGGUGGUCAUGGCGGUGGAUACCCGUCUAGCAGGACAGGUGAUGGCAUUGAAUACCAGUCCAGCAGGACAGGUGGUGGCGGUGGAUGGCUGUCCAGCUGGACAGGUGGUGGUCAUGGCGGUGGAUACCCGUCUAGCAGGACAGGUGAUGGCAUUGAAUACCAGUCCAGCAGGACAGGUGAUGGCAGUGAAUACCCGUCCCGCAGGACAGGUGGUGGCCGUGGAUAACCUUCCAGCAUGACAGGUAGUGGCGGUGAAUACCCGUCCAGCAGGACAGGUGGUGGCGGUGGAUACCCGUCCAGCAAGACAGGUGGUGGCGGUGGAUUCCUGUCCAGCAGGAUAGGUGAUGGUAAUGAAUACCCGCCCUGCAGGACAGGUGGUGGCGGUGGAUACCUGUCCAGCAGGACAGGUGAUGGUCAUGGCGGUGGAUACCCGGCCUUCAUGACAGGUGGUGGCUGUGGAUGGCGGUGGAUACCCUUCCAGCAAGACAAGUGGUGGCGGGGAAUACCCGUCCAGCAGGACAGGUGGCAGUCAUGGCGGUGGAUACCCGUCCAGCAGGAUAGGUGAUGGUCAUGGCGGCGAGUAUGGUGGGUACCCGCCCUGCAGGACAGAUGGUGGCAAUAGAUACCCGUCCAGCAGGAUAGGUGGUGGCAGUGGAUACCCAUCCAGCAGGACAGGUCGUGGCGGUGGAUGCCCGUCCAGCUGGACAGGUGGUGGUCAUGGCGGUGGAUACCCGUCUAGCAGGACAGGUGAUGGCAUUGAAUACCAGUCCAGCAGGACAGGUGAUGGCAGUGAAUACCCGUCCCGCAGGACAGGUGGUGGCCGUGGAUAACCUUCCAGCAUGACAGGUAGUGGCGGUGAAUACCCGUCCAGCAGGACAGGUGGUGGCGGUGGAUACUCGUCCUGCAGGGCAGGCGGUGGCGGUGGAUACCCGCCCUGCAGGACAGUGGUGGCGGUAGAUACCCUUCGUACAGGACAGGUGGUGGCGGUGAAUACACGUCCUACAAGGACAGAUGGUGGCGGUGGAUACCCGUCCUGCAGGACAGGUGAUAUUCAUGGCGGUGGAUACCCGUCCAGCACGACAGGUGAUGGUCGUCGCGGUUUAUACCCGUCCUACAGGACAAGUGAUGGCGGUGGAUACCCGUCCUACAGGUCAGGUGGUGGCGGUGGAUACCUGUCCUACAGGACAGGUGGUGGCGGUGGAUACCCGUCCUACAGGACAGGUGGUGGCGGUGUAUACCCGCCCUGCAGGACAGGUGAUGGUCAUGGCGGUGGAUAUCCGUCCUACAGGACAGGUGGUGGCGGUGUAUACCCGCCCUGCAGGACAGGUGAUGGUCGUGGCGGUGGAUACCUAUCCUGCAGGACAGGUGGUGGUGGUGGACACCGGCCCGUCCCGCAGAAUUGACUUCCAAUAUCAUUCUCCCUCCACUGAGGUGCUGUGGUUCAGGAGUACUCCUUCUUUUCAUUUGACGGUCUCCUUUCCAAUGUUCUGUGUUUUCACUGAAGGACGCCCUUCACGAAGUGGAUGACGUCCAUCGCGUCUUUAUUGUGUGAGGAUGCGUCAGAUUUUCUCUUAGUUUAUUCUACUUUUGCUGUUCCCUGGUGGCUUGCCUCGUGACUCUCCCUGAACUGGUAGUUUAGUCGUCCCUGGCAGCGGCCGACUCUGCCCUGGUGCAGGCAUACUGCUGGGCUGAGUCCCACUUGGGGAACCUCGCCCUGGUCUGUGCGAUCCUCACCCCCUCCUGCUACGAGAGCUGGACGUUGGGGUAAACAAACUUUUUAUCGUAUAAAACGAUUUUAAAAUUAAAUACUUAUUGUGAUCCUCAUCGGUGCGACAAGACAUUUGUAGAUUGAGUGAAGAGAGAUGGUGAGGAAGGGAUCGCAGGUUUGGGGCGUGAAGGGUGAGGAGAGAGAAGGCACGGUGUGUGGAAGGUUUGUUUGGAGGGGCUGUUUUGCCAUAACAGGAAGGUGUGGCUUUAAGAAGAAGAAGAAAGUGAAGCAGCAGCAGCAUAAAAAAAAAGAGAGUGCACAUGUGUGUGCAGAUUUAACUGGGGCUUAAGAAAAAAUAAAUAAAAUAAAUAAUUGGAAAUUGAUUGUAGUGUGUAUACUUUAUAUGCACAUUGUCACUACUACUACUAGCCUACUGGCUCCUUGUAGCUGCUUCUUAUUAAUUCUCUCUUCCAGCA